AUGGCCUCGCAGACACCUCAAAAGAAGGCUCUCAUUCUCGCCGUUGAUGGCAUGGAAGAGAUAGAGUUCUGCAGCGCAGUGAGUGUCCUUCGUCGAGCCGAGAUCGAUGUGACAAUCGCUGGAGUGGCCUCCGCCUCGCCUGUUAAAAGCAGCCGAUCGGUUGUCAUCACUCCGGAGCGUAGCCUUGCCGAUCUCAAGUCCACUACCGACGCUUUUGAUGCGGUCGUAUUGCCUGGCGGCCUCGGCGCGGCGAAGGCCUUCUCUGAGAGCGCCGAAGUCGGCAGCCUGCUCAAGCGCUUUGAGGCGGCCGGCAAGCUGAUCGCCAUUAUCUGCGCCUCGCCUAGCGCUCUUCCUGCUCACGGCGUCGGUCUCGGCAAGACUGUCACCUCUCAUCCUUCAGUUGCUGAUAAGCUGAAAGAGGGUGGCAAGUACAAUUACUCGGAGGAGCGAGUCGUCGUCGACCGUCAGCUGAUCACCAGCCGUGCUCCGGGAACGGCUCUGGAGUUCAGCCUGGCCAUCGUCAAGAACCUGGUCGGCGAGGAGAAGGCGGCCGCAGUGGCCGCGCCGAUGCUUCUCAAGUAG